AGAAAGUUCAGUUAAAUCAUUUUCUUGUGUUGAUAUCAAGUUUUGGCGAGAAAACAACAGAAAACAAACAAAACAAAACAUAAAGAUGACCCGACAUGCUCGCAACUGCACCGCUGGAGCCGUUUACACUUACAAUGAAAAGAAACGCGACGCCGCAGAGUCCGGGUACGGAACGAAUGCCCAGCGCCUGGGCAAAGACUCUGUGAAGUCGUUCGACUGUUGCUCGUUGACGCUGCAGCCGUGCCGCAACCCCGUUAUCACCAAGCAGGGAUACUUGUUCGACAAGGAGGCAAUCCUGCAGUACAUCGUCACCAAGAAGAACGAAUACAGCCGCAAGCUGAAGGAGUUCGAGCGCCUGCGACGGGUCGAGGAGGAGGAGAUCACACAGGAGGCCAACUGCAAGCAGCAGGCGCGCAUGGAGCGAUUCGUCAACUCCGAGAAGCCCACCACAACACCUGCCCACAAGUCCAGCCUAGUCGAGCAACCCCUCCCAUCCACGCCCAGCACUUCGGCAGCAGCCAUUGCCGCCUCAGAGACCGGAUCCAUUUCGAACAUGGCCAACGGGAACCAGAGCAAGCUGCCCGCCUUCUGGCUGCCGUCAGAGUGCCCCAAUGCCGGGGCAGCCAAGGCGAAGAAGCCCGAUCCCACCAUAUACUGCCCAGUGUCCUCACAGCCACUAAAGGUGAAGGACCUGAUUGACGUGAAAUUCACCCCGAUAAAGGAUGGCGACGCAAAGAAAUCGCUAAUUGCCAAGGAGGUGCGCUACAUGUGUCCCAUUACCCACGAUGCGCUCAGCAAUGCAGUGCCCUGCGCCGUCCUGCGGCCAACUGGCGAUGUCGUGACAUUGGAAUGCGUGGAUAAACUGAUCAGGAAGGACAUGAUUCAUCCACUCACCGAUCGCAAGCUCAAGGAAAAGGACAUAAUUCCACUGCAGCGCGGCGGCACUGGCUACUCAACCACCAACGACAAGCUGUCGGCCAAGGAGCAGCGACCCAUGUUGCAGGUCUAAGAUUCAAUUACUCAAAUUCAUUCUGACAACAUCUUUGGGCUCUAAUUAAGUUAUCUUUAAAAUGCACAUUUAAACAUGUUUCCCACUUAGG